GCGGGGAGAGGGGCUGGUGGAAGGGGAAGGCCGAGGCACCCGGAGCCUGAACCGGGGCAACCCCUCCCCCCCGACGCUGUUCCGGGGUCGUAGCCAGUUACCCUUUCCGUCUCUGAGCCUCAGUUUCCCCUUGAGAAACGGGGAUAAGGAGAGCAUGCGCUCGGAGAGUAGGUGUCAGGGUUCAGGAAAAUGCUCAGAUCAGAGCCGGGCACGGAGUAGUGCCUGCCGCAUGGCAGUCGCUAUCUUAUGUCACCUUGGACUCAGCCCCAGAUGGGGCUCGACACAGGUGUCGUCCAGGGGACAGCUCGCCGCCAAGAGCCUUUGGAGCCAAGGAGGCCCUGCUGCUGAGUGCGGAGCCUGAGCUGAGUCGGUCAGUGACGGUUUGGUGACGGCAUGACGAGCGAGGUCAUAGAAGAUGAGAAGCAGUUCUACUCGAAGGCCAAGACGUACUGGAAGGAGGUCCCGCCCACCGUGGACGGCAUGCUCGGGGGGUAUGGCCACAUCUCCGGCAUCGACAUCAGCAGCUCCCGGAAGUUCCUGCAGCGGUUCUUGAGGGAAGGCCCGAACAAGACGGGGACCUCCUGCGCCCUGGACUGCGGGGCCGGCAUCGGUAGGAUCACCAAGCGGCUGCUCCUGCCGCUCUUUAGAGCGGUGGACAUGGUGGACGUGACAGAAGGCUUCCUGGUCAAGGCCAAGACCUACCUGGGGGAGGAGGGCAAGAGGGUGAGGAACUACUUCUGCUGCGGCCUCCAGGACUUCAGCCCCGAGCCCAACUCCUACGAUGUCAUCUGGAUCCAGUGGGUGAUAGGUCACCUGACCGACCAGCACCUGGCUGAGUUCCUGCGGCGCUGCAAGCAGGGCCUGCGCCCCAACGGCAUCAUUGUCAUCAAGGACAACAUGGCCCAGGAGGGCGUGAUCCUGGAUGACGUGGACAGCAGCGUGUGCCGGGGCCUCGAGGUUGUGCACAGGAUCAUCCGCAGCGCGGGCCUCAGCCUCCUGGCGCAGGAGCGCCAGGAGAACCUUCCCGACGAGAUCUACCACGUGUACAGCUUGGCCCUGAGAUGAGCGGGGCCGACCCAGGGGCCCCGCGUGGUGGCGCGGAGUGCCGAGCGAGGCCUCGAGACACCGGGCGCCGUCCGCACUGGACUCUUAUUCAAGAGGCAGAUGGGACCCCUUGGGGAAGGGCGCGACCGGACGGAGCGGAGAGGCUGGAGCCUGGCUCUGCCUUACCACCGCCUGGCCUUCCAGCCGCAGGCCCGAGCACCUGGAGAGGACUCUUGGCUGUUGCGGACUUUUCCCGGGCGGGAGGAGGAGGGGGCCCGGGCGGCGGGGCCCUGCUGUCCCCAACAUGAUGGUCACGGCAGCGGUCCCGGGCGAGGGGCAGCUGUACCCUCGCUCCUAGCUGUGCUUUACGGCUUCCUGGUGAGCUUUUCAAAGUCACAGAAUAAAAGGGUGAGCCCCGAGUCGGAAGGCCCCGGCCUGGA